AUGUUAGAAAAAAAGUUUGCUGACAUUGACAAGAAAUUUGAGAAUGUUUUAAACAAGAACAAGAGGAAGUUAGAAAAUGCUCAGAUAAAACCUAUACAUGACAAGUUCUUAUUUGCUCAGAAUGGUAUAACAGGUCUAAUUGCACCACCUGGGUCGGGUAAGACUUUCACUUAUCUUAAAAUGGCUGCACAACAACAAGAACUAGAUGAGAAGAACCCAUUCUAUGAGUUAGUUGUUAUUUGUAGUACUUCUGGUCAAUUUGACCAAACCGUCAAUUCGUUCAAAGAUAUUAUAAAGAAGUCUAAGUUAGUAUGUAUAAAGGAUACUGAGUUGUUAGAUUGGAUAAAGAAGUACCAAAGAAGAGUUUUGAAGUAUAAUGCUAUAAAUGAGUAUGUCAAUUCGAAGUUUAAAGACCCAAAUGAGGAAAUGCAGAGAAUAUUAGAGAAGAAACACUUCAGAAACAAACAGAAAGAGAUAGAAUACAUUUCGAAGAAAUUGCAAUCUUACGAUUGGAAGACAUACCCUCAUAGGUGUCUUCUUAUCUUAGAUGAUUUCGCCUCUCAUCCUUUGUUAAAGAAUAGAGAACAAGAUAUGUGUCGAAUUCUUAAGAAGCUCAGACACUUUAACAUCUCAGUCGUAAUAUGUGUACAGACAGCAAAGAGUUUAAGUAAGGAUGUUUUAAAAGAAUACUUACUGACAUUA